GCUUUCGCUUCAUGCCAAUUUUCCUCUCUACCCAUUCUUCGACAGGCGGGUGGCUGUCAAUAUGUUCGCCCUACCCGCCCCUCGUGCAUUUUUGGAUUGGGUGAACACCGGAGGCCCCUCGGAUCUUACGCAGGAAGAUGCUCCUGUGAAGAACACCUUUAUGUUUCCACCGCUGACCCCAGACGGUCAAGAGAUCCGAGUCCUAGCCGUUCUACCCCCCAAAAGUUCAGACGUGGAGUGCGAGCUUCGCAACAUCAGGCUCGACGACACACCUGUACCCGCAUACGAAACAAUCUCGUAUGUUUGGGGCGAUGCCACGGAGCGUGCCCGCAUCACGGUUGACGGCAAGCUUGUCUCGGUUCCGGUGUCAGCUGCGAAUGUGUUGCGGCGAGUUCGACUCGUCGACAAACCUCGUAUGGUCUGGAUAGACUGCUGUCAGUCUGCAAGUUAAGCUGGGUCUGAAUUGCGGGUCACCGGCUGACACUUGCACCCGAUUUCUGCAGGCUGCAUUGACCAGUUCAAUUUCCGCGAACGGGCAGCUCAGGUGGACGUCAUGGACAGGAUAUACGCUUCGGGA